UUUUCCCGCCAAAACAGCACUGCCAUACCGCGAGGCCACUAGUAUGUCGCUGCUGCGAAACUCCGAGCUCACUCAUUCAUAAUCUUACGAGCCGUCCGCGUAUUUACGAAGCUGACUUGAUUGUUAUCUGAUCUCUGAACUCAACGGGUCGGGUAUGGUCUGAAGCCGCGUCAAUCAUGCUGGCGUCCCACUACGUUCUGCCUGACAUUGCUCCACCCCGGAAGUGCAUGACUUGUUUUGAGGCGCCUCAAAACUGGAAGUGCAUGACUUAGCCUCAUAUUAACCUUCGCGGCUCCCGUUUUCGCCGUCACUGGCGACGGAAAUCGCGGCUAGCAUCGCGGCGCAAUCGUGGAAGGGGCGCCGCGAUGGCCGGCCGUCGCCGCGCGUCGUUUCCGGCGAUGUCUCUAAUUAAGUACUUCCUCCCCGCGUACUACCUCCGUCGGCCAAAGCGCCUCUUCGUCCUCUCGUUUGUCCUCAUCGCCGGGGUAUUUCUCCUUCUGCGCCGGCAGCACAAAGCGCGCCAAGUGCAGGCGCUAGCAGCGAAGGUGCACGCGCUGCACAGCCAGAAGCAGAGCAUGGUGGCUGAGCUGGAAAAGACACGCAUGGGAGCCCAUGGGAAGUCCAAGGAGGGGGAGGAGGCAGGAGAGGAGGAAGAGUCUUUCCGUGUUGUGCCUGUCAACUUGAGGACGAGAGGGAGAGCGGGCGUUGGGGAACGAGGGAGAGGCGGAGGGAGAAGAGGAGGGAAAAGAGGAGGGGGAAGAGGAGGGGAUGAAGGGGUGGAGGAGAAGAGGGAGGCGAUACGAGAGGCGAUGAUGCAUGCAUGGAAGGGGUACCGGCAGUACGCAUGGGGGCUGGACGAGCUGCAGCCGCGCACCAAGACUGGCGUGAACCACUUUGGCGGGCUGGGCUUGACCAUUGUUGACUCGCUUGACUCACUCUACAUCAUGGGGCUCAUGACGGAGUUUGACGAGGCCAAGAGCUGGGUGGAGGAGAAGCUCUCCUUCGAGCAUGACUACGAUGCCAACGUCUUUGAGACCACCAUACGCAUCCUUGGCGGGCUGCUGAGCGCCUACGAUCUUUCAGGCGACCCGAUGUUCCUCACGAGAGCGAGGGAGAUCGCUGACAAGCUGCUGCCGGCCUUUGCCACCCCCACGGGCAUUCCUCACGUCUAUGUGAACCUCGCUAGCGGCAGGGGGCACUCGCCUGGUUGGACGGGGGGCUCCUCUGUGCUGGCAGACCUGGGCUCCACGCAGCUGGAGAUGGUGGCGCUCUCGCAGCGCACCGGAGACCCCAAAUACGCCAACACGUCGGAGCACGUCAUCCGUCAGAUCGAGAAGGUCUUUCCAUCCGACGGUCUGCUGCCGAUGUUCAUCAGCACAACCACCGGCAAGCCGACCUCGCGCCACAUCACGUUCGGAUCCAUGGGGGACAGCUUCUAUGAGUAUCUCCUGAAGGUGUGGGUGCAGGGUGGAGGCACGCCCUACGUUCAGAGAUACAGAGGAAUGUGGGAGAAGGCGAUGAGUGGUAUGAUGACAAAGCUCGUUCAACACGCCCCGGCUCCCAACAGCACCGCCACCGCCUCUAGCACCGCAACCAACACCAGCAGCACCAGCAGCAGCACCGCUGACAGCACCACCGAGAGUAGCAGCAGCACAGGAAGCAGCAAGACACCCAGCAGCAGCAGCAGCAGCAGCAGCAGCAGCAGCAGCAGCAGCAGCAGCAACAGCAGCAGUGGUGGCAGGGUGGCAUACGUGGGUGAGAGCCAGCGGGGGAACAUCGUUCGCAAGAUGGAGCACCUGACGUGCUUCGUUGCAGGCAUGCUGGUGCUUGGGGCGCAGACAGUGGAGACGGGAAGCCAGCACACAGAGGAAUACAUGGCACUGGCCAAGGAGCUGGGCCGCACCUGCUACCUCUUCUACAACCUAUCGGCCACGGGAUUGAGUGGGGAGGACUACACCUUUGGUGACAAGGGCAUGCGCAUGCAGGGCCGCAUGUACAACAUCCUGAGGCCAGAGGCAGUGGAGUCGUGGAUGUACCUCUGGCGGGCCACGCAUGACCCCAUCUACAGGGAGUGGGGGUGGGCUGUCUUCCAAGCCUUCCAGAAGCACUGCCGUGUGGAAAACGGCUAUGUGGGGCUGCUGGAUGCCUCUCAGGACCCACCACAGCAGGACGACUUGCAACAAAGUUUCUUUCUAGCGGAAACACUCAAGUAUCUCUAUCUCAUGUUCUCCCCUGAUGACGUGUUGCCUCUCAACCAAUGGGUGUUCAACACCGAGGCACACCCGUUGAAGAUCAUUGCAAGAAACGCGGAUUUCCCCACGAAAAUGACGACUGAACCGCGAAGGAAGAGUGACGGUCUGGCUGAGGAUAGAUAGCAUGCAUUUGGUUUGGACUACACCAGAGUUGUGCUUGGUUAUAGUGCUCAUUCUAGGAGUUGUCCGACAACUCCUUUAUCAGACUUAAUUUGUCUGAUUGUCUGAUUUGCAAAACCGAAAUUGUGGCUUCAGGAUGAUUUACAAGAAAUUGGAACACUUUAA